AUGUCAACAACAACAGAACAUUGCAAAAUCAUUUACACGGAGCAAGAGCAGUUCUCCAGUUUGAGAAUUGAUAGCGAAGUAGGCCCGUGUUCGAGCGUAGCCGUCUACACCGUCUCCUCGCAACGGUGUACAGAAGGCCAUGUCGAAGCGAGGGACAGGGACAGAACAGAUCAACAUGGCCUUCUGUACACGGUGCGAGGAGACGGUGUAGACGGCUACGCUCGAACACGGGCCUACUUCGCUAUCAAUUCUCAAACUGGAGAACUGCUCUUGCUCCGUGCGCUGGACCGUGAUCUCCCCUAUGGCAAGAGCGUAUGGAAGGUGAGAGUCCAAGUCCGCGACGGGCAGGCGCUGUGGAGUCGCCACGGGGACGGUCAUUACCACCAGUCCGUCAUCAGGCAGCCAGACACACCAGCCAUUUCCCAGGGAGAAACCAACGUCGCGUGGCGUAAUCCUGGGAACGGAGAAGUCAUUUCGGAGACUGAAGUAACGAAGGGCACCCGGGGGAAUAUUAUUGGCAAAAGAUCUCAUAAUCUUUCAUUAGUCAGUGAGGCUAAAAUUUCCAGGUUCAAACGUGGUCUAAGAGGAGUGACGAAGGUAAAGAGGGUGUCUCAAGGAAAUCGUGUUCUACGUGAAAGUAAACUAAAAGAAAGGAGGAAAUCCUUAAAGGGAUUAGACAGUGCAAACGAAGUUCGAGAAUGGGACUAUACAAACUCGGACUCCUUGAAAAGCCAAAGUUCUCAAGUUGGCUUAACUUCUCGAGAAAUCACUGAUCGGGAGGAUCUGGCGUUCGAUAGAUAUCAUGGAGUGUUUUCGAAACAAGAAACUAACGAGGAGGAACAAAUAACGUUACCAACGCGGAAAAAAGAUAUGAAAAGUUAUUUGGGAAACUUCGAGGGCAAAGUGGAAAGUCAUUUAAUAGAUCACAGUGACUUCGACCUUCAGCAGUUUCGUUUUUACGAAAAGUUAGGGUUUAGAAACAGAUACAUACGUGCAAUGUUUCCUUACUCUCAAAUCCCCGUGCAAAAAUACGUGUCAUAUGAGAACACUUAUAGAAAAUAUGGACACUUUAGAGUGCCAAUUAUAACAACAGAUACACCAUAUAUCCCGACACGACCUCAAUUCACCGCGGCAAACAAUGCAAAGGGCAAUAAACAAGGAAAAUACCCUCCAAACGGUGACAAUAAUUUGCAGAACAAGGUCGGAGUGAGACUCGACCCUCUGCACACCCCGAGCCAUAGCAGGUCAUCACGAGAGGCCAGGGCUGCACAAGGGCGCUUAGCCGGUGGCCAUGAACAGCAAUUAGGCUCUUAUGGCGGAGGAUGCGAGGACAAGGAAAACAGCAGACGCGACCGGGGGGAGAAGAGGAAGGAGGGCCUCGGGGGGCGUCGUGUCCAUGUGGUGGAGACGGUGCUCACUGUGCAGGUCAAAGACAUCAACGACAACCCGCCGGUCUUCCCCAACGCCACCAUGUUCGGGGAAGUCCAGGAGAAUGGGCCUAUUGACCUUUCAGUAUGUGUUGUAUCUGCCUGGGAUCCAGAUGAUGUGAUGGAGGGUAUGAAUGCCAAAUUUACAUACUCUAUUGAGAAGAAUGUGCUGCACGAACGGUCUGGUGAGGCUAUUUUUGCCAUCCACGCUGAGACGGGACUUGUGCGAACGGCGCUGUGCUGCUUGGACCGAGAAACCACACCAGAGUAUCACAUCCAGGUUGUAGCUACUGACGGGGGAGCUCUGAAAGGCACAGGUACAGUGGUGGUGCGACUAACAGACGUGAACGACAAUUCUCCGCGUCUGACACGCAAACUGUGGCAGGUGGAGAUAGAUGAAACGUGGGGUUCCGGUCCGCAGAGUGCCACACUGCUCGAAAUCACUGCUGAUGAUCCGGACACUUCAAAUUAUUUUCUUUAUCGUAUCGUCGAAGAAAGUGGCUGGGGUUGGCAACACUUUGCAAUGAGGACAGAGGGUUCCAUAGGUCAUUUAUAUGCGCAAAAGUCUCUUGACUUUGAAGAUGCGACUCAUAAGGAAGGGUUUGAGUUUAUGGUUCAAGUCACCGACAAAGGCAAAGGGGGCUGGCUAAUCCCCCGUCACACAGACACUGCAUGGGUGAUAGUAAAACUACGUGAUGUGAAUGACAACGCUCCACGUUUCCAGCCAGAGCACUUGUCUAUUACGUUAACGGAGAACGAGCUCCCGAAUGUCCCUUUAGCCAGAUUGUCGGCCACUGAUCUCGAUAUGGAAGGUAAGCAACUAGUUGAGUACCGACUGGAGGACAACUUCGGUGCCCUGAAUGUAGACACAAAGGGAAACCUUGGCUUGUGGCGUCCUCUGGAUCGCGAGAAUUUCGACGGAGGAACAGCUGUCGUCAGGGUGAUCGGCGUUGACCAAGGGUUGCCGCAUCCUCUUUCUUCCACGGCUACUGUUACGAUUUCGAUUAAUGAUGAGAACGAUUGUCCUCCUUAUGUUGUGGAUACGCUCUUCCACGUGACGGAGGAAAGACAGGCCACACUCUUAGGCGUCUUAACGGCUUCCGAUCAAGACGACUGGGAACUUGGUCAUGGGCCUCCGUUUUCCUACUCUCUCGCGUCCUCAAAUCCGCCUGAAAUGCUGAAUCUCUUUAGUAUUAAAUUAGAUGCUGAUUUGGACAACGGUCGUGGUGGCGCAGAACUAUGGACAACGGGACCCAUAGACAGGGAAGCACAACAGCAGUUGACGGUACUCGUGCAUGUGACAGACGCCGAGGGUUUGGCAGAUAAUACGAAAAUAACAGUCGUAGUCGAUGAUAUUAACGACAACCCUAUGAAACCUGCCACUAAAUCCGUCUAUCUUUGGAGGCCGGAGGGAGGAACAACAGACAUUCCUUUAGGUCGAGUUUACGUAGACGACCGAGACGAUUGCGACCUUAACGACAAGACGUUCCAGUGGGUCACCUCCCCCCACCCACACUUCAACCUUAACCAUCAUUCUGGCGAGAUAUUUGCUUCCAGCCAGGUUAGUGAGGGAAGAUUUACACUGAGGUUUUCCGUGACGGACACCCUGUGGGGAAGUGUGUCGACAAACGUUAGUGUAUACGUACACAUAUUAACAGAAGAGUCAAUCCGCCACGCUACGCCCAUUGUACUGAACCCCAUCACGGCUGCUGCGCUCAUCGAUGGAUGGACUCCGUCGAGUGGUGGAGGUGUGUUGGGUAGAUUAGUCCAGAGUGUCUUGAAGGUCGUUGGCGAAUUCACUCAUACCGUCGAAGUAGUGAGUGUCUCGGACUUUCGACACCCAUCACGCCAACAAAGGAAUCGCUCCAGAUCACACACAGCUGAUGGAGAUAACACGGAAAGGACGAAAGAUUAUUAUCAUCAUUAUCAUCAUCUUAGUCCUUUGUCUUGUGUGUGGAUUAGUGUUAAGGAGAACAGUGGAAGAUUUGUGGACCCUGUUAAGCUGCGUGGCCUCAUUGACCUUCAAAUAUGGAAAGUGUGGGAGAUGACGAGGCUGAAAGUAAUCAUGGACGACUUUGAAGAUGCAGACGAGUCCUGGCGAUCCGAGAAUUCUUCUCUUCUGCACAGCCGUACCAACGACCUCCAGGAGUCGUCCUUCGUGGCCUCCCUUGCUUCCACUGCACUUCCACUGCAGGUGGUGGAUAUUAAUGCCACCUCACUGGUGACUCCGCGCCUCACUCGCACCAACGAUUGCUACAUUUACGAGGCCGAAUAUUGCACAAGUUCCAGCACUUGUCUCAAUGGAGGGAUAUGUCCUAAAACACCAGCACCCAAUAAGUGCAUCUGCCCAGGUGAAUCGUGGGGUUCCAGGUGCAAGAUCCUCGCCCGCACCUUCUUCGGAAAGGGAUGGACUUGGGUUCGCCCUCUUCCUUCUUGUUUACCUACCACGAUAUCCAUUCGUAUCCUUACUCGUCAGCAAGAAGGCCUUGUAAUGUAUUCAGGGCCACUGUCUUCCAAACCUCGAACUCCUGAUACUUCGUCAACAAUUAUGGUGCUGCAACUUUGGCAAGGAAUGCCUCAGUUAUUGCUACAGGGUCGAGGUGGACCUCUGAAAGUAGAAUUGAACACGACUAUUAAUGAUGGGUAUUGGCAUACUGUUCGCAUUCAUCUGCAGUCGAAGGGUGUGAUGAUGAUUUUAGACCCAUGUACUAGGAAUGUACAAAACUCCGGCCAUGAGGAUACACACUGCCUGGCUCGAGUUACAUGGAAGAAUAUACACGAGCCAGGUGGCCGACCUAGGUUUGGUCAUGGAAUCCUACAGUUGGGUGGAAGAGCAAACACGCCCUUUCGCUUAGCUGACCACGGAUGGACUAUAGAACCUACCUCGCACUUCCUGGACGGCUGUAUCUCACACCUAAGAAUCAACGGUCAGCUGGUAGACCUUGGAGAGCCAGCCUAUAGUGAGGGCAGUGAGAGCGGUUGCAGGUCCCAGGAAAUGGCGUGCCGUCGUGUCGUGAAAACUUGCAGAGAACAUGGGCGUUGCGAAGGCGGGGUUGAACAGCCCGAGUGCAAAUGUGAACCAGGGUGGUCAGGAUACGGUUGCCAGGUGGCUACGAUACCUACAACUCUGAGAGCGUCAUCCUACGUGAGGAUAGCCCUAUCUUUCACGCCGCCGCCCCAUCUGUUGACCGUACAGUUGAGACUGAGAACGCAAGGGGCUCAAGAUGGUCAACUGGUUCUCGUCAAAACUUAUGACGAUGUCAAUGCCCUGUCUAUACAUCUCCGUGCAGGCGUGGCGUGUGCAUCACUGAAUUAUGGUGGGCGUGAAUCAAGAGAGGUAUGUGUGAAUAACCGCCCACUCGAUGACGGAUCCUGGCACGUCGUCAGAGCAGAAUGCCAGAGUUACAGCCUGGCGAUGAGUGUGGAUGACGGCGACGGCUGGAGGAGAAAUGAUUCAGUGCCCGAAUUCGAGAAGGAAGACGUACCAGCACCGAUGCAUGUGGGCAGAAUCGAGUCCGUGUUCGUUGGAGGAAUGCCAGAGUUCACGGGCGUUGGUCACGUUAGCGUCCAAGAUGAUUUGCGAGACGCCUGUAUAGACGACCUCCGAGUUUCUGAUAAGCCGUUACCGCUUCCUCCUGCAAACAACCUAUCACCUUGGGGUCAGGUAACAACAAUGCAAAAUGUAGACCCGGGAUGUGUAGCGGCCGGUACUUGCUAUAACACCAGUUGCCCAGCUCCACUCACUUGCUCUGCCUCAUGGGGACGAAGUGUCUGCAGUUGUGGACCGGGGACGCAGUAUGUUGACGAUACCUGCGAGGACGUGGACGAAUGCCUGUGGAACCCGUGUCUGCAUGGAGGCUCGUGCUUGAACGCUAAGCCCGGUUUUCUCUGUAUAUGCGGACCGGGCCAUUCCGGCCAUCACUGUCAGUGGACCAACCGAGACUCUGCGGCUCAUCCUUAUACAAUGCAAUUAAUCAUAAUAGCACUGACGCUGUCUGUUAUUUUUGUAGUGGUGGUUGGUUUGGUUGUUUCCAUACGUCUCCGUUACUCCUCGCUCACUCGGUCGAAAAGAAAGCAGUCUAGUAACGAAGUAGAGAGACAGAAGGAAAGGAUAAAUGCAGAAGAGUACAAAAUGGCCGAAGGAACAGCCUGUACGAAACCGAAAUCACAGCAUCAAGCUUCUUUGAAAUGUUUCAUGGUCAGGUUGCCUCGGGAGCAGCUUAAUGUGCACAAUAAAGAGCCCGAGAGCCCGUCGCAGGCUGAAACUCCUGCAGGAAAGCCACCCCUUUUCGUUAUCCCGAAGGACGACCUCCGCGCCUACGCUUACGAGGGCGAAGGGUCAUCCUCCGGAUCGCUCUCGUCAGCCGCUUCGUCAAGUCAACGCGGAGAGAGUGGUGACGAAGCUCCGAACACAGCCCUGGCACCGGGUUUUCUAGAUGUCAUAGAUCUUUUGAAAAAUUUGCCUGAUGCUACAAAAUCACCCAUUUUUGAUACGUCAAGAAAGAGGAAUCCGUCUUGCUUACCAGUGCAAGAAAAGGGCAAGGAACCUCAGGCAGAUGAAAAUCACGAAUCAAUUAAUCCAGCUUCGGUAACAGCUAGUUCCCACGUGACCAGUGAAUGUGGAAAUAUUUGAUAAGUGUAAAUACAGGCAGCUUCUACUGACUGACAAGUAUCACGAGAUGCUCCUCGAGGACCGUCACUCAACACUUCAUCCUUUGCCUCAUUACUCCAAUCUGCAAGUCAGAAGAGCUGUAACGAUAUAAAUGAAUGUCUUCUUAACACUCUGAGAACAAUUUUAUGGCAAUGUAACAUCUGUAUUUAUAAAAUGGAUUUUAAACUAAUGUUGCAGAUGAUAUGAUUUUAUGUGAGUAAAAUCUUUCUAAAAGCUUUUACAAUUUGUCACACAAAAUGUUUUAGAGACUAAUAAAAUUACAAGUCAAAUGUUA